CUUAGUGCGCAUCAAUCAGUCUCUUUUCAUCCAAUCCAUAUGUCUUCAUCAGGGUUUGGGACCAGUUAUGGUGCUCGUUCCAAGACAAUAGAAGUACCAUUGCAACAUGAACAAGUGUUAGAAGUAGUCUGUAAUGAUCUCCCUUCAAAUCCUACUGAAUUAACCGAUAUUUUUCGACAAGAAUCAGUGGGUUUACCCUAUUAUCGCAUGUUGGCUAUUGAAUAUUAUGAACAAAACAAAAUUGAGCAAAGUAUUAAUGUUGUUCAAGCUGGUUUAACUACAGCAAGUCAAUCACCACAUACAGUACCUCGACAAAAACUGCCAUUGUUGACUCUGAUUGCCACCUUACAUAUGCGUCUUGCUAAAAAGGAAACCAACGAUACCCAACGUCAGCGCUACCUUGAAGAAGCUACACAGUUUAUUAACGAAGCAGAUCGUAUUCACAAUCAAUACGAACCCACAUUUGUCGUCAAAGGCAACUUGUACAUUUUGCUUAAGAAAGUCGAUGAAGCUUCUCGCUCAUUCAACAUGGUCCUUGAAAAGAGACCCAAUUGUAUUCCAGCACUUUUAGGUCGAGCCAAGAUUCAAUAUCACUUGCAACAAUACAAAGCAUCACUCAAGACGUAUCAGACAGCACUCAAGUACUCGCGUGGCAAAUUCAGUGGUGUCGAAAUUCGACUCGGUAUUGCACAAUGCUUUGCUCAGCUCAAAAUGUACACAGAAGCCAAAGCUGCUCUUAAGCGAUGUAUUGAUAUUGGCGGCCAUGCCACUGCACUGAUCAUGCUGGCUAUCAUUGAACUCAACGAGUCAAAACAAGUCGAGAAUGGCCUUGUUCAACAAGAAACAGCACUUAAACAUGGCCUUGUACAUAUGCAGAAAGCACAUAUGGUCAACAAGACACACCCUGCUGUCCUCAACAUGAUGGCAAACCAUUUCUUCUUGACGCGUGAUUUUGAAAAAACCAUGGCAGCUGCUUCGAGAGCAUUGAAAUAUGCAUCCAAUAACCAUACAAAAGCAGAAGCAUCUUAUCAAAUUGCGAGAGCACAUCAUCAAAUGCAAGAAUAUGAUAAUGCUUACAAGUUUUAUUCACAAGCACUUGAGCUACAGCCCGACCAUUUGUUGGCUCAGUUUGGUAUGGGACAAAUGCAACUGAAACGAGGUGCACACAACACAGCCAUUGAAAUAUUCGAAAAACUAUACAAGUCUGAACCAGAAUGUGUGGAGAUCAUUAAAGUAUUAGGGUCUUUGUAUGGAUUAGCUGGCAAGAAGGAAAAGUCAUUACAACUGUUCAGUAAACUAUUAGAGAAUGCAGGUGAUGACCCAUUAUUGGCUAUGGAGAUAGCUGAAAUGUAUGAAGAAAAAGAUAGUUCAAAUGCACUUAAAUAUUAUGAGCAAUCUCUAGUAUCUCUCGAGAAUUUAUCCAAAGAAGACACAGUAGCACAAGAUCGCGUUAAAGAAAUCAAGCCUGAAUUACUGAAUAACAUUGCUGUGAUGCACCAGAAACUCGGUAAUUUUACAGACGCUGAACACUAUUAUGGUCUUGCCAUUAAAGAGACAGAAGCAAGCAAUGAAAAAGACCUGCAACUCACGAUGAGUUACAACCUUGCACGUCUCUAUGAAGAACGUCUAGAGACCGAAAAGGCCAUUGCUAUCUAUCGCAAAAUCAUUCAAGAUCAUCCAGGCUAUACAGAUGCUCAUUUACGUAUGGGUGUGAUUGAAUACUCUCUGGGUCGUCCUUCUGAAGCAAUUGAAUACUACAAGGAAGUAUUUGACACAGAUCCUGUGAAUGCUAAAGCAUGGAUUAUGAUUGGGCAAGCACAAGUCAAUGACAGUGAAAAACUCAGUAAACGUUCAUUUGAGAAAGUAUUACGAGACUGUGAUAAAAAUGAUCUUUAUACACAUAUCUUGUUGGGUAACUAUCAUGCUUCUGCUGCCCGUGAAUUCAAGACAGAGAAACAAAAGCAAAUGCGCAAUGACUCCUAUAAAUUGGCUGUCAAUUUCUAUUCACAAGCACUUAGGCGUGAUCCAAACAAUGCUUAUGCAGCGAAUGGUUUGGCCAUUACGAUUGCCGAAACAGGUCAUGUUGAACAAGCAAGAGACUUGUUUAACCAAGUUCGUGAAGCUGCUGUCAACAAUGCAAGUGUCUGGGUCAAUUUGGCACACACUUAUGUCGAACUAAAGAAAUACAAGCAAGCAAUUGUGAUGUAUGAAAAUGCUUUAAAGAAGUUCUUUUGCAACAAAGAUGCCAAUCUACUCUUGUGUCUUGCACGUACACAAUAUAUUCUCAGUAAAAACGACAAAGAUCCUGAUAUUAUGUACCAAGCACUCAAGAACACGGAAAGAGCACUUCACAUCUGUCCCUCUGAUAAAACUACACAUUACAAUCUAGCAUUGGUCCAACAAUCGUAUGCACAACAGAUUUCAGAUUUACCUCAAGAUCAACGUACUUCUCAACACAUUCGUCGUGCACUUCAUUACCUUGAAUGUGGCCAACGUAUCUUCCGUAUGUUGAUCAAUGUAGAAGAACACACUCUCUAUGAUAAAAAGAUUACAGAACAGCGUGAACGUUAUGGUGAAACACUUCGUAUUCAACUAGACCGUAAAUUGACAGAACAAAUCUCUUUUGAACAAGAACGAGAGGAGAAACUGAAUUUGGCACGCAAGAAGCGAGAAGAAGAACAAAACAAAGUUAAGCAGGCACAAGAAGAAAAGAAACGAUUAGAACGAUUGGAGAAUGAACGCAUUGAAGAGACCAGAAGAAGAUUGAUGGAGAAAGUGCGUGAAGAUAACUUGUUAAUGGCAAGUCAACAAGACGAUGAUGAUGGAUUAGAUGAUGAAAAGAAACAAAAGAAGAGAAGUGGAAGAAAAAGAAAAGAUCGUCAACAAGACGAUGAAGAAGAAGAAGAAGAUGAAGAAGAAUAUGAAAAGCUGCUCAAAAAGAAAGAUAAAAAACAAUACCGAAGUAAACGCAUUAUUGAAGAUUCAGAUGAAGAUGUAUAA